AUCACACCCAGAUGACCUUGGUCUUGGUCGAGCUCAAGCAACUGCAGGAAGAGCCGAUCGUCUCUCGCUCGGGUGCACGAACGUUCUGUAGAAAUGAUGACGACUCGAGGCUCUCGCUCGGCCGUGUGCCAACUGUGUCGUCAACAAGUGCUGGGCCAGCGCGGGCUCACCACCGCCUCUAUCCCUUACAAGGCCGCUGCCUCGUUCACAUCCUUCUGCGACGCCAAAGGCAAGCAGCGACAAGCAGCGCUUUGCGUAGAAUGGAAUGGACGGUGUCGCUCCGCAGCAGUGUCCUCGUUCAGGUCGCUGUCAACAAGUCAUAGAGUUGCUUCCGCCGAAAAGCCGGAGAGCAGCAGCAGCCAGUCGGCAGUCCCAUGGUUCAUGGAAGAUGAAGUCGUGUCACCGCCGUCGAUAGAUGCAGAAGACGCUAUUGCAGACGAUGCAGAAGCGUCAUUGUCCAUUAUCAGCCCAAGACCAGAAUCAAGCACACUACCCAUUCAACUUGAACACCUGUACGAGCUGCUCACACAUGGCAGUGCCGCUGCUCUCGUCGCAAGGCCGCACACCGCUUCUUCUCUGCCGUACUCUUUCUCUUCUUCCGAAUACGAGCUGGAAGACUCUAAAGAAAUCGGUGAUGCGUCGGGACCGAUAAGGUCGCCCAUUCAAUUCAUCCAUGCCAAAGCUAUCUCCCAGCACGAUGCAUGGUGCGACUGGAUCGUUGUCCUGGAGACGAGAGGUAAUACGGUCGGUCUUGUGAGAAAGCUCGCCCUUGAAGUUGGCGACUAUCUACGAAGCACUCGGCCCCCGCAUACAUUAGACCCUGCAGCCUCUUUCGUUGCCAGCCUCGUGUCCACUACUUCCGCUGCAGCCUCGACCGCGUCAACGAUAUCAGAGACUUGCAAGCAUGUCCCAGCCGAAGUAGCGGGCACGGCAUGGCGACCGCGCCGCAUCCUGACGCGGGAAGCACAGUCCGCCUUGCGUGUGCUGCACGCGUCGGACCCGGAGGGAUUCUCCCUGCCUCGCCUCGCUGCCGAGUUCAAGAUCAGCCGCGAGAGCGUGCGGCGGAUUCUCAAGAGUGGACGGAAGAUCCCCGGCGCCGAAGCGCACGCUGUCGCUGCUCAGAGCAAGUGGACGCCGGACGUGGCGGCAGAGGAAAGACAGCUACGUAGGGCGCUCGAGAGGCGGGAAGAGAAGCGGCGCGUGUGGAUGGAAGGCGAGGAGCAGCAGAUCGAGGAGCUUCGCCGGAAAGUGAGAAGCGGCCUGAUGGAUACUGACACUUUGAAGGAUGAUUCACCAACGCGGGCACGCCAAGAAGAAGAACUGGUUGAGGAUGCAUACGCCCAUCAGGACGGGCAGAGCGCGAACAGUAAAAACUUGUACAAGCACCCUGUGCGAUACGAGGGCAUGCCUCACUCCGCAACAAACGUUGGCGGCGCAGCUGCGCGGCGUGCUACUCGUUCGCAAGGCGAAGGUAAUUGGUGCAUGGUAGAUGCCGGUUGGUGCGUCGUGCAUGUCAUGACUCCGCAAGCGAGACAGCUUUAUGAAAUUGAGAGCAUCUGGGAGGACCAGAUGCGCGAAGAGGCAUAUCCUUCCGUGUGACAGCGCACAUUUCCAUUUUAAUGCUUGCGUACAUAUCCUGUUCCUACGAAAU